AUGGUAGCUUCUCCCACUUCGGACAUAUCAAAAAUUGGUGUAAUAAUAUCUGCUGAAACUCGAUGGAUAUCACAGCCGAUAGACCAUUUUGGCGAUAAUUCCCAGACUUGGCAAAUGAGAUAUUUUGAAAGUUUAGAUUACUUUCAGCAAAAUGGCCCCAUAUUUAUAUUUGUGGGAGGUGAGGCUGAAGCAAAUCCACUAUUCUUAUCAGGUGGAGAAAUAAACCAACUAGCUCAGGAAACAAACGGAGCAAUGUAUAUGACCGAACAUCGGUAUUAUGGAAAAAGUAAGCCUUUUGAUGACUUAAGCACAGAAAAUUUGAAAUGGCUUUCCUCAAAACAAGCUCUUGCUGAUGUAGCGAAUGUGAUUAAGAGCAUCAAAACUGAUUCAAGAUUUGAAAAUUCAAAAGUUGUUGUCAUCGGAGGAUCUUAUGCAGGAAGUUUAGCGGCAUGGAUGAAACUGAAGUACCCUGAAUUAGUUGAUGCUGCUAUUGCAAGCAGCGGGCCUGUUUUAGCAAAGAAGGAUUUCUUUGAUUACCUUCAGAAAGUAAAUGAAGACUAUGACCGAUAUGGUACGUCAGAUUGUUUGUCAAAUACAAGAGCUAAGUUUCAAAAAUUCAAAGAAAUGCUUCAAACCUCCGAAGGCAUUCAACAACUUAAGCAAGAGCAGAACAUUUGUGAUGAAGUUGACAUGAGUGACAGUAAAAAUCAAUUCAUAUUUUUCAUGAUAAACAUCUCGCCCUAUAUGCAACAAUCACAAUAUGGGGGCCCAGACAAAAUAAGAGAUCAUUGUUCCUCUUUGGGGAUCGGAUAUGUAAAUGUGUCCAAGACUUCACAUGAACUCCCUUGGAAUAUAAAAAACUGUAACGAUAUUAGCUUUCAAGGUUUCAUUAAUUUUAUAAAGCAAGAUGAUAACUAUCAUGCGUGGUUGUAUCAGCAAUGUACUGAGUUUGGAUACUUCCAAACAACCUCGUCUACUUCCCAACCAUUCGGUGACGUACUUUCUAAAGACAUGUAUAUAGAAGUAUGUAAAAAUGUAUUCGGUCCCGAAUUUGAUGAAGCAAGGGUAGAUAGUGGCGUAGAAACUACUAAUAAUGCCUAUGGUGGACAAAAACCACCUGUAAACCAAGUUGUAUUUGUAAAUGGUGAUGUCGAUCCUUGGAGCACUUUGAGUGUACUUGAAGACUUAUCUAAUGAAGCACCGGCUAUUGUGGUACCUAAAGCGACACAUUGUGCAGAUAUCGGGGUAAGACCGGAUUCACCUGAAGAGUUGAAAGAAGCUACGGAGCGGAUCAAACAAUAUAUAAAAAAAUGGAUCGGUGCAGGCAAUAUUCGUGUUUAA